AUGGAUACCCUCUUCCUGCUGUAUAUCUCACCAUGGCUGGUCCUGGCCGUCUUCACUGCCGUCUCCCUCUUCUCCCUCCUUAGAGUCCUCUUCACCUCCCGCCAACUGGUCUCGCUCAGUGACACGCCAUCCACCGUCAUUGGCAAACCCCUUCUCUUCCCUGUCACCUUCAACCACAAGCGCUUCACGCCGGCCAAAGACCGCUUCACGAACCAGUUCCUGUUCGUUGGCGUCCCUGUCGGGCUGAAAUGCCGCAUUGGCAAUUUCCUGGCCGUCGACGAUCCUUCGUUGGAUCUUUACUCCUCCUUCUCCCUCAAGAGGAUCUUCUCCCAUCUCUCCUGCUGGUUCAGCUUCGACUCGCGUCGCUAUCUCCACCGCGGCGACCAGGUCGAUCUCCGCGACAAGCUGGACGAGUACCUGCUGUCGAUCGACGAGAAGCCCUCGCAAUGGCCGCAUGCGUAUCUGCUCGGCGUGCCUCAGUUUCUGGGCUUCUCCCGUGCGGUUGUCUCCUACUGGUACCUGUACAACGCGGAGAAGGAGCUGGACGCCGUCAUUCUGGAGAUCAACAACUCCUACUGGGAGAAGAGGAACGUCUUCCUCCGACUGAAUGGAUCUGGCAAGGCGGCGAACAAUGAAGACAAGGAACACUAUCUGGACGCUCUGCAUCUCAUCCAGUCUCUCCCCUCGUCGCCACACUCAAACUUCUACCAGGGAACAUGGGAUAAGAAGAUCUUCGCCUCCCCCUUUGAAAAGGUCGACGGGCAAGUCUCGAACCGGUUCAUGGACCCGUUGCAGCCGGCGUCGUGGAAGCCAAACGCCUCGUUUGCCAACAUGACGACCCUGGACGAGACCUCCGGGACCGUCAAGAUGGUAACGCGCAUGACCUGCUCGGGGCUCCCCAUCGACCCGUGCGAGAUGUCGGCCUGGCAAGUGCUCUGCUUUGUGCUGCGAUGGACUCUGCCCGGCAUGUUGACGACGGGGUAUAUCGUUUUCCAUGCCCUGCGCAUCCGGUUCACCCUCAUGCGGAUGAUGAAGAAGCCGCCUGUCCGGAUGGGGAGUGUCGGCCGUUAUCCUACAAAGAACGAGCUGAACCUGGAGAAAAUCUUCCGGGCAUAUCUUGCCUCCUGCGUCGAGAGAUGCUCGUCUCCCGUGAAGGUCGAGUAUCUCCCCUGUCGAGCCAUGAACAGCGAUACAGUCUAUAUGACGUCUCCAUCGUACAACGAAAAGGAAGGCCAGACCAUCACCGUCGAACCGGCAGAUCCAGGGUUCUAUACACGCUUCGCUCACUACGAGAACGUCCGCACGGCGAUCAUGGAAGAGAUCCAGCUCACCAACCAUGAAGCCGAUCCCACGGCGCGGAGACUGUUGCUCUCGCACCCUGACCUGAUGGCGGAGAUCUUGACUAUCUCAUCGUCGAACGCUUAG